GGUGGCGGUGGUGGCGGUGGUGGUUGUGGUGUUGCCGUUGGUGGCGGUGAUUGCCAGCAACCUGACAAGUUGGCGGUGGCGGUGGUGUGGGCGGCUGGGAAGCUGCGCUCAAUAUUCACGCUGCUCGUUGAGUGUGAGGAGGACGACCAUGUGCUUGCGUCUGCAUGCGAGAUGUUGCAAGUCCUCAGCUCCAGCCAUGCUGGUGCAUUGGCAUUUAGCAACAAUGGAAGCCUCGCGGCCUUAGCCAGCCUGCUGGGACGCACUCACAACCCUCAAGCCCUGGAGAAGAUCACCAGCACGCUGUGGAACCUGUUGCGCCACGAGUCUCUGAGGGCUGCGCUGGUGGAGCUUUGCCUCCCGGCGCUGGUGGAGCACGUGCUGGUGCCAGAGAGCGGCUGGAGGAGCAACUUUGGAGACUCGCCCGCCUCAACCUCCCCACCCGGCUCGUCCGCCUCGCCUUCCGCGGCGUUCUGCAACGCCUUGACGUGCCUACGGGAGUUGAGCUCGGCAGAUCCGGACGGACGGCUGAGCACGUGGAAGGGCGAGGGGCUGGUGGACUGCGUGCUGCGCUUCGUCCGCUCGGCACUGAGAGGACGCAACAUCGAGACCAAGGCGGUGGAGGAUGCAGUCUGUGUCCUGCACCAGCUGAGCGUCCACAUGCUGCACAACGUGCCGCACUGCGGAGACUCAAGGCUGGGGGGGGGCAGCUGGGGGGGAGCUGCCAGCCACAGCUCCACCCUGAAGACAGGCUGGGAGCUGCUGUUCCAGGCCGACACAGUCAGCUGCUACGUGUCGCUGCUGCAGCAGUCGCACAACGUGCUCGUGCUGCAAGCGGCAACACGCUCCAUCUACACGCUGGCCAGCGGAGACACCCAGUGGUCGGCGUUGUCCCGCACGGCCGUGGCUCACAACGGGGGGCUGCCCUGCCUCCUGGAGCAGCUGCGGAGCGGGAGGAGCAGGAGUAGUGACGACGACGAGCGCCGUCUGCUGGCGUACACCUCGGUGCACGCUCUGCGGGUCCUCGCUCGCAAUGACCCCAACAACCAGCGCCUCAUCGGGCUGCACAAUGGCGUGAGGAUCCUCACCGCGAUGCUGCCUGACGCUGCCGAGGCAGGCAGCGGUGGCGGCGGUGGCGAUGGUGGCGAUGGUGGCGAUGGUGGCGAGGCCUCGCGGCUGGGCGAGGAGGGGCUGUCGGCAGUGCUCUGGGCGCUGACGGCGCUGGUUUCCGGCAGCGUCGCCAACGCUCAGCGGCUGCAUCGCGGCGGUGGCAUCAGGCGCAUCGUGGCCAUCCGCACCAGCCGGACGGCGUGCAGCCAGGACCUCUUUGCAGCGAGGGCUUUGCUCACCGUCCUCUGGGCUCAUCACGACCUCCGCGCCAGCUACAAGAAGUGUGGCGGCUGGGACAGGGAGCACUUCCUGUCACCGAGAUGCCACGAGCAGCAGCAGCGGCGCCGGCAGCAGCAGCAGCAGCACGUGCACUCGCUGUGGCACCAGUGGCAGCUGUGCCAGCAGUGGCAGCUGUGGCAGCAGUGGCGCCAGUCGCAGCUGUAGUAGCAGAAGCAGCAGUAGCAGAAGCAGUAGUAGGGGUAGUGGCGGUAGUAGCAGUCCGCUCGGCGGACGCUGGCGUUCUCCUCUUGAAUCUUGACUUGAAGCUUUCGUGGCUUGCAGGGACUUAUGGGUCUGUCGGUCAGGUGGCGUGGGUAGGUUCAAGAAAUUAACAAAAAACUACGACGUUUCGAUGGCAACACAAGCGGUCGUCAUCAGUGUUGCGAUCGAAACGUCGCUGGUUUUUGUUAUUUGCUUUGAACCUACACACGUGAUGUUGCCGACAGACCCCAAAGAAUAUGCUCUUCUUAACUUCGCUUGUUGAUGUUGAUGAAGAUGUCGAUGGUGCUGUUGUUGAUUUUGUCGUUGAUGUUUAUGAUGUUGUUAUUGAUUUUGAUGAUGUUGUUGAGGAUGUUGAUUUUGUUGUUAAAGAUGUUGAUGUCGUUCGACCGGUGGCUAUGGGAACAAUUACCCUAGGGGAGGCUAAUUGACCCGACCCAGCCAAGGUGCGGGUCUGGACUCUGGCUUCCUCGGAACUCGCCCUUACAAGGACAAGCGGGACAAGGGGGUCCAGGGUCCUAAG